AGAAAAAAAGAAAGAAAAAGGAAGCUCCAAAGGAAGAUCAGUUCAUCUCAAACCCCAAGCAUUGAAAGCAUUAAACAAACACACCUCUCUCUCUCUCUCGAACUCACACAGACUAUACCCACACCGAUAGUUCCCUAUAAUCUUCUUCCACUCUCAACAGCGAAGAGAAAAAAAGUGCCCUAAAUAGAAAUCGGAGCAACCAAUUGUAUCAAAAAACGUUAAAAAGGGGUUUAUUUUUCACACCCAAAGCUUCAGUCUUUGUGCAGAUUUUAAUGAAGUAGGGAUUUCUGCAAUGCACCGUGUAGCAAGUGCAGGCAACACAUCCAAUUCGGUUCGGCCUAGAAAGGAGAAGAGGUUGACAUAUGUUUUGAAUGAUGCAGAUGACACUAAGCAUUGUGCAGGUGUAAAUUGUUUGGCUGUAUUGAAGUCAUCAGCAGCUGAUGGAUGUGACUACCUAUUUACUGGGAGUAGAGAUGGCACAUUAAAGAGAUGGGCGUUGGCUGAAGAUGGUGCCACCUGCUCUGCUACAUUUGAGUCACAUGUCGACUGGGUAAAUGAUGCAGUUCUUACAGGCAGUAACAGAUUAGUGUCAUGCUCAUCAGACACCACAGUCAAGGUGUGGGAUGGCUUAUCGGAGGGCUCUUGUAUUAAGACACUCCGUCAGCACUCUGAUUAUGUCACCAGCCUAGCUUCAGCAGAAAAAAAUAGCAAUGUUAUUGCAUCUGCUGGUCUUGGUGGUGAGGUUUUCAUAUGGGAUCUUGAAGCUGCACUUGCUCCGACAUCUAAAUCAGGUGAUGCAACCGAAGAAGACUGUUCAAAUGGUGUCAAUAGUUCAGGAAGUUCAUUGCCCAUGACAAGCAUCCGCACUAUUAGUUCGAGCAGUAACAUUUCCUUGCACACCCAGUCUCAAGCAUAUAUUCCUGUGGCUGCAAAAGGCCAUAAGGAGUCAGUAUAUGCAUUGGCAAUGAAUGAGAGCGGAUCCCUUCUUGUUUCUGGUGGAACUGAGAAGGUUGUGCGUGUUUGGGACCCAAGAACUGGUUCCAAGACCAUGAAGCUAAAAGGUCAUACAGAUAAUAUUAGGGCACUACUGAUAGAUUCUACUGGCAGGUUCUGCAUAUCUGGGUCAUCUGAUUCCAUGAUUAGACUGUGGGAUCUAGGUCAGCAGCGAUGUGUGCAUUCUUAUGCUGUGCAUAUGGAUUCUGUAUGGUCACUUGCUAGCACUCCGACAUUUAGUCAUGUCUAUAGCGGUGGAAGAGACCUCUCUUUGUACUUGACAGAUUUGGCAACAAGGGAGAGUGUAUUGCUCUGCACGAAGGAACACCCUAUUUCGCAGUUAGCAUUGCAUGAUGACGGCAUUUGGGUGGCCACAACUGAUUCAUCUGUACAUAGGUGGCCCGCAGAAGUGCGUAAUCCCCAGAAAGUUUUUCAAAGAGGGGGCUCAUUCUUGGCUGGAAACUUGUCCUUUUCCAGGGCGAGGGUUUCUCUAGAAGGAUCUACACCUGUGCCUGUCUAUAAAGAACCAUCUCUUAGCAUUCCUGGAACUCCAGGAAUUGUGCAACACGAGAUUUUGAACAACAGAAGACAUGUCCUGACUAAGGAUGCUGCUGGUACAGUGAAGUUGUGGGAGAUCACUAGAGGUGCUGUGAUUCACAACUAUGGAGAGGUUUCAUUUGAGAAGAAGAAAGAAGAACUUUUUGAGAUGGUGAGCAUCCCUGCAUGGUUCACUGUGGACACUAGGCUUGGAAGCCUGGCUGUACAUCUGGAUACUCCACAAUGCUUUUCUGCUGAGAUGUACUCUGCUGACCUCAACAUUCCGGGGAAGCCUGAAGAUGACAAGGUUAAUUUAGCUCGAGAAACUCUUAAAGGGCUGUUGGCUCAUUGGUUAACCAAACGAAAGCAGAGAUUUGGAUCUCAAGCUUCAGCCAAUGGGGAAGCCCCACCUGGAAAGGAUGUAUCUACAAGGAAUUUGACUGGAUCAAGAGUUGAAGUAGACGGUAAUGCGGACAAUGAUUCUGCAGUAUAUCCCCCCUUCGAAUUUUCAGCAGCAUCCCCUCCAUCAAUUAUUACAGAGGGCUCUCAAAGUGGUCCAUGGAGAAAAAAGAUUACUGAUUUAGAUGGAAUGGAGGAUGAGAAGGACAUGCCAUGGUGGGUAAUGGAUUGUGUGAUGAACAAUCGCUUGCCUCCCAGGGAAAAUACCAAAUGUAGCUUCUACUUGCAUCCAUGUGAGGGUUCUACUGUCCAGAUCCUUACCCAAGGAAAGCUAAGUGCACCUCGCAUAUUAAGAAUUCACAAAGUCAUCAACUAUGUCGUUGAAAAGAUGGUUCUUGACAAACCCAUGGAUAAUAUAAACUCAGAUGGAACUGGAGGACAGGUGACACACCCAGCUCUUGGAGGAGAUGGCUUAUUUCGGACUGGGUUGAAGCCUUGGCAAAAGCUUAAGCCAUCUAUAGAAAUCUUGUGCAAUAACCAGGUUUUAUCUCCUGAUAUGAGCUUAGCAACUGUCCGUGCCUAUAUAUGGAAGAAACCUGAAGAUCUUGUCCUCAACUACCGGGUGUUGACUAGCAGGUGAUAGGAUUAUCUUUAUCAGACGAAGGCAUGCUUGAGCAAAUCAUAUACAAAGGUUUAGCAUUCAACUGGCUGCCGGCUGCUGUCAUGAUUUAUUGCUCCCUUGUAAAUCUGGGAUUCAAGUGGUUGGAUUAAUUAGGAAAAUUCACACGCGGACCACUUUGCUGUUUGCACAUCGUUAAGGUGGUAAUUAUUAUUGAAUUUUGGUUUUUGGUGCUUUUAGAAAAAAUAGAAAGCUUGCAUUUGCUAGAGGAAGGAUUUUUGGUUUUGAGGGUACAUGAGACUAUGUUACCUUAUCAAAAAAAAAAAGGGUACAUGAGACUGAAUUCCUCAAGAGAAAGAGCUCAUGACAAUGUCGGGAGCUAUAUGAGGCUAUAAUGCAAAUGCAAAGGGUUGGGAUGUUUGGAUUGUCUUCCAACAACCACACCGUAGGGAAGGUGAAUAAUAUCUCCAGAAGUAAAAUUUAUCUCUUCUGACCGAACUAAUUUAUGUAUUUACUUUCUUUCCUGUUUCAUUUACAUUGUAAAUCUUCUUUGUUAUUAGUAUUCUCAGUUUUAGUGGGGAAGAUUUGUUGACAGGCAUUACAUAGCAGAGCAAAUCGUUUUUACAUCGACCUAGCCAGUUCUUACUGA